AUUACAACCAUCGUGGCCAUAAUAUUAGAUUAUUUUGAUUUCCAUUCUUUAUCAUCGAUCGGAACUGAUUAUUUAUAUUGGUCAUCAAUAGGUCUUCGAAUAGACCAUUAUCAGUGCCUUUGUGUGUUCUUUAAUCAAAUUCAUUCCCAGCACAUUAUGUGAUCAUAGUGAGUAUCGUGGACAAAGAUCCAGAUCUGUGCAACACGUCUAUAACAAAAAUUUUGAAUAUCCCUGCGGAAUUUGGCAAUUAUGACAAAGCGUGGAAUCGAUGAUUUAUCAUUCAACAGUGGCAAUGUAACUGUUGUACAAUCAUCAUCAUCAUCAUCAUCAACAACAACGACAGAAACAAUGAAUUCGCCACCUACGAAUUCGUCGGCCAUCCCGGUCAAAGUUGAAGACCGGGUUGAUUCGGAAUCCAUCGAAAAAAACAUUGAUUAUUUGAAUUCUAAUGGUAGUAAUAAUUCGACAAUUCAUUUGGAAUCAUCAUCUGGUGCAACUCAUCAAAAUCAUCAUAGUAAUAACAAGAAAUUCAAAUCGUCAUUGGAGUCAUCAGCUGGUAUUGUGCCGGCAUCGGGCAAGUCUCGAGUCGUGCAUAUCCGCAAUAUACCUGCCGAAACUACGGCACAGGAAUUGAUAAUGCUGGCAUCACCGUUUGGCAAAGUUACCAAUUAUCUCUUUGUACGAAGUAAAUGUCAGGCAUUUGUUGAAUUUGAGUCCCAUUUUUCAGCAAUGCAAAUGGCUGCUUAUUGGAUUCAGACCACAAUCGGUGGGAUACCUACACAUGUUCAACCUACCAUCAGAGGGCGUCACGUUCACGUUCAAGUGUCUAAUCACAAAGAAUUGCGGACACAUGAGCAAAACAAUGGCGUAAACAACGGGUCACCAUCUUCAUUUUCUAAUGGAAUGGUUGAUAGCUAUACUGGAUUAAUGGCUGAUGCUGUUGAUCAACAACAAGCUGACGUUAGUCUUACACCUUCACCUGUAAUACGGGUAAUCAUCGAAAAUCAAAUCUAUCCUAUCACAUUGGAUGGCCUUUAUCAAGCCUUUUCUCGUCUUGGUGGUAAAGUGCUUCGUAUCGUGACGUUUCAGAAAAAUCAACAAUUACAAGCAUUGGUACAAUUCGGUGACAUAGCCACAGCUAUCCAGGCAAAGACAAGCUAUGAUGGUCAAUCCUGCUAUCCUGGUUCUUCUGCAGGUUUUAACGUGAUGCGAAUCGAAUAUUCCAAACUACAAAACCUAAUUGUCAAAUAUAAUAAUGAUAAAUCUCGCGAUUAUACUGCGAGUGCUACUGUUUCAAAUGGCAAUGGUAUUUCUUUUAUGAAUGGACAAUGUGCUACCACCCCGAACAAUGGCUCAAAUGGACAAUCCGCCUCAAGUUCAAACAACAAUUCAUCUCUAACGAAUCAUCUCCCAGAUCCUUCUGACAUGACUGGUCUUUUUGGUUUGAAUGCUGGAGCUGCUGCUUUAUCAGCCAACAAUUUUAGUUCACUAAAUCCGUUGGGUGGAGGGCUUACGACCAAUGGUCACCACCGUCACCAUGCGACCAAUUCAGCUGCUAGUAUUCUUUUGAAUCAACAACAAAACGCCUAUCUGACCGGUAAUCCUUAUACAUCGUUGCAACAAGCUCUACUUGCCAAUUGUGGUGCAUCAUCAUUAGCCACCAUCAAUCCAACAUCAACAGCUAAUGCAGCCGCUGCAGCGGCCAUGUUUGCAGCUGGAUUGCCAGCUGCUUCCAAUCUGGUAUUCACUUCCGUAAUCCACGUUUCCGGCUUGAAUCCCGAGCACGUCACUCCUGAUGCUUUAUUUACUUUGUUCGGCGUUUAUGGUGAUGUAAUACGUGUUAAAAUCCUUUUUAACAAAAAAGAUACAGCAUUGAUACAGAUGGCCGAACCGAAUCAGGCACAGAAUGCCAUUUCUUAUCUGGAUCGAACUCGUUUGUUUGGUAAAACCAUUCAUGUAAUGAGUUCCAAACAUCAAAUGGUACAGAUGCCCAAAGAAGGACAUCAGGAUUCUGGUUUGACCAAAGACUACGCGAAUUCGCCAUUGCAUCGGUUCAAACGUCCCGGGUCAAAGAAUUAUAACAAUAUCUAUCCACCUUCUGAAACAUUACACGUGUCUAAUAUACCGUCUACAUGUUCUGAAGAUGAUCUUCGCCAAUCGUUUCAACAAGAAACUGGCAAGCAGAUACAAAAAUUUAAAUUCUUUCCCAACGACCAUCGAAUGGCAUUAGUACAAUUUGACAGUAUUGAGGACGCAGUCCUUGCAUUGAUUAAAAUGCACAAUUACAAAGUCGCCGAACAUUCACAUCUUCGAGUUUCUUUUUCCAAAUCGCCUGUUUGAUAUAAGAUGAGGU